UAUUUACCGAGAUAUUUUCGAGACUUCUCGGAGGGGUUUAAUCAUCGGAAUAUCUCUAGCAUCAUUCUAGUCGAGGAUAUGGCGACAGCGAGCAUGAAACAACAGAAAAAGAGAUCCAGAAGAAGAAUAGCCGCUGUAAACUUUUUAUCAAAUAUAUCACUAGAUGGCACCUAUAGGGAUACAAAAUACGCUUUAUUCAACCCUAAACAUCAACGAUUGAAAGAUAAUAUUGUGGAAGAAGUGGAAAAUCAUGUGAAUGAAUCAUUUGCAGAAGACCUUUGCGAUGAUGAAAAUGAAUCAAGUUUAAAAGGAACUCGAAAAGUAUCCGCUUUUUCAGCGGUUGAAAUCAGUUUGCCAGAAAAUAAAUCCGUCCAGAAAAACGAGAAUGGGAAUAUGUUACAGCGAAAACUCUCUAAAGGAAAACGGGGAAGUAUUGCUGUCAGCAUUAUUGAGGAACGAGAGAGAUGGAAAAGGGAAUCAGGACUGGGCUCCUCUCAGAAAGACAUUCCUGACAAACCAGAUGAAAAGUUUCCAAAACAAGAAGGCAGUACGGUUUUCCAUGGAAAGGAUCUAAGGCAAAUGAGUGCUGAUUCUAGAAAAUUGCUCUCAAAUGAAAGGUUGAUAAUAGUGUCAAAAAAGAAAAACCCCUUUGUUGUGUCCUCCACCUUGAUGUACAGUCGUAAACCACAGAUUCGCAGAGAUGAUGAGAUAUUUGCCAGGGCCCGUACUGUGUCGGGCUCCAGGUCACUAUCCCAAGAGGGACUGCUCUAUCUAGGACUACAUGCUUUAGGGAGAGUGGAAGAAGGACAGGAUAUAUCAUAUGCUGAUUUUCUGGUUCCCUCCAAAACACACUUAAAGCGAGUCUCUUCUGAGAGAGGACCACUAAAUGCCAUGGAAUUAGUUUCCCAGAGCCAAAAUUUGACUGCAGUUCCAGAGGAGACUGUGUGUGACUGGUAUGACCCUAACACUCUGGAUGACAGAGAACUGCAAUGUGGAAGCUAUAAAACCCUGUUAACAUUUUCUUCUUACAUGACAUCAGUGAUAGACUAUGUUAGACCUUCAACUCUAAAAAAGGAAAUCAAUGAAAAGUUCAAGGAGAAAUAUCCAGCUAUUCAACUUACCUUGACCAAGCUCAGAAGCAUAAAAAGAGAAUUAAAAGUUAUAGCAAAUGCAAAGUGUGGUCUGGACCUAUGGAUUGUGGCCCAAGCUUAUGUAUAUUUUGAAAAACUGAUACUGAAGCUGAUAAUAAACAAACAGAACAGAAAACUAUGUGCUGGUGCCUGCCUUCUUUUGGCAGCCAAACUAAGUGAUAUCAAGGGUGCAGAGCUUACUAAGCUCAUUAUGCAAACGGAGGAAGAUUUCCGACUUCACAGGAAGGAGCUGUUGGUGUUUGAGUUUGCUUGUCUUGUGGCCUUGGAAUUUUCCCUACAUAUCCCAGACACAGAAGUGUUUCCUCACUAUCAGAGACUUCUAUACCAAUCCUGAGCCAGAUCAACCAAAGACAAAACCUCACUCAUUACCACAACAUCAGCUCAUCUCCCCAAGUCAAAACUUCAAUCAGAAGUUUCAGUAUGUCACAAGUCAACACGAAACUUUACUAAUCCUGACUUUUUAAAAAGGUUUAAAUCUGAGUUUUGUAGUAUUGUCAUUUCUUUCUUCCCUGAAAAUUUUAUGGGGAGUAUAUAGUCGCUGUCAUAUCUGUCCAUCUAAGCUCAUAUCUCUUAAACCUUUCAUCAGAAAUUGAUAUAAUUGAUCACAAAUGUACCUUGAGACAAGGACUUGUGGACCAAGGUCUCAAGGUCAUUUUAGUAAGGUCACUCAGAAUAAAAAAAAAACUUCCUUAUUUCAACAGUUUUUGAUAUAAAAGUUCCUGUCUUCUAAACCUUUAAUCAGAAAUUGAUCAUAUAAAUUGAUCACAAAUAUUCCUUGGGUCAGGGGACUUUUGCACCAAGAUCAUUUUGAAAAGAUCAAGGUCACUCAGAAAAUUUAAGGAAUUAAUAACUAUUUUUGAAAGGUGUAGUCUCAUAAAGGUCCGCUAUUGUGUUUGCAUACAAAUUGAAUACGUUGAGUUAGCUGUUUUCCUGGCACUGCACCAAAAAUGUCAACAAAAUCAAUGAUGCCGAGUUUCAAACAAAUUCUAUUUCUAUACCCUAGAAAUUUGAUGAUCCCGAGUCCAUUUCCAGCAUAAAAAAUGUUUCUUCUGCUGCCAUUUUCAAAAUGGCCACCAUAUACAGAAAAUAUUUUGAAGUGUUAAAAUCUCUACAACAUUUGGGUUCAGGGGUCAGUUUAGGGUCCACAGUUCAUUUCUAGCAUCAGUAUUUCUUUCCAAUCAAAUUUUUGAAAUGUUUGAAACCAAGUUUGUCGGAUUUCAACCAAAUUUAGUUUCUAUGGUGAAUUGAGGAUCCCGAGUCCAUUUCUGGCAUCAAAAUUUUGACUUGAGUCCAUUUUUUACAUAUAGAGGAGUUCUGGGACAUUUAUGUUAGCAUUGCAACACAGUUAUAAAUUGUUAUUAUUAUUUCUUGAGACAUUUUUGUCAAGAGUGUUCUCAGAAACUACUCAAGGGGUUAAGAUGAAACCUUUUUAGGAUGAUAGUAUAGCAUUUCUAGAAGUGCAGAAUAAAUGUCGUUUUAUCUGAAAAUGCUUGCAUAUGCAUUGGAUUUUUGGUCUACAAACUUUGUAAUCAGUCUAACUUUUUCAUUCUUUAAUGAAAUCAUUUGAUAUUUAUAUCUUGAGUAUAAUUUGAGACACCUAAUUGAUUGGGUCACCAAAAUUAAAAUUUUGCACGUGCAUGCACAUGUGCUUCAUUUUGAUUGGAUAAUUACAAAAACGUAUUUAACUCUUCUAAAUAAAGGAAAUAAAAUGAUAUAGGUGACAUUUCAAAAUUCUAUAGAUUGAUGUAAUAAAAAUUGCAAACGCACACGUGCAUCGUCUUUUGAAUGUUUAAUUCUAUUAAUGACCAUGACUUUUUUCUUUUCAUCAAAAUAUUUUGAAAUUUAUGUUGUGAAUGUAUCUUUAUACUCUUAACAGAUUUUUAUAGUCAGAAUUACUUUGCAGCAUGUGCAUGCAGGUGUACUACUAAAUUCUGAUUCAAUGGUUUUUAAAUCACCAAAACCUUAAUUCUUAUAAAUGAUGCAAACAAUAUGACAUUCAUACUGUAAGUAUAUCAUUCAACUCUAUUGAAUGGUGUCAACAACAAGGCUGAGUCAUACUCACAUGAUGUGCACAUGUGCAUUGCUUUUCUUUCAUUUUUCAGGUACCAAGAUGGUCACAACUUUCUACUUAAAGAUUCAAAUGCACCCCAGGUCUGUAGGGGUGGUGCAAAAAUUUACCAUUUUUCAAAAAUCUUCUCUACAACUGUACAUGUGCAAGAAAGACUAAAUGAAUAGUGAUGUAGAUCAGGAAGGACUCUACCGAAAUUGUAAUUUUUUUCAUCUCCAGGGUAGAGGUUAUGACUCCAUAGCGGGGCCAAACUUGGUAUAUAGUAUUUAGGCAUGAAAUAUUUUUUUAAAAACAUUAUCGUUAAUGCUCUGAUUCUAAAUUGAAACUAAAUGGAUAUUUAGAAUGAGCAGGUAGUCCUUUACCAAAAUUGUAAAUUUCAUGAUCCAAGGUUUAGGGGUUUUGGUAUCAGAAUUAGGCCAAAAUGGUCUGUGAUUAACUAUGUUAAUACUUGAACAUUUUAAACAUUUUCUUGUUAAGUACCAUUCCAUUUCUGUUGAAAUUUGGUAUAAAGCAUCUUGGGGGGGGGGCAUAAAUUGUUAAUUUCAGGACAUCUGCAUCUCCAUGGCCUUAGGGGUAGGACAAACACUGCCAAAUAUUGACCAAUUUUCAAAAAUCUUCUCUACAACCGCACAUGUGUCAAAAAAAUUCUAAUGCAUAGUGAUGAAAAGCAGGAAAGUCUCUACCAAAAUUGUAGGAUGGAGCCAAAAUUAUUAUAGUGAUUAUUGUCUUUAUCAUUUGAAAGAUUAAUCCUUAAGUUUACUGAUAUGGUGUCAAAUUUAGGAAGAGCAGAAAAGAAUGUACUAUGAAUUUUGGGUUUUUGACUCUAGGACGGGUACAAAUUAGUCAUAUUGUGUUAAUGUUACAUACAUUGUAUAGGCUGUAUAGGCACUUUCAAGGGCAUUUAAGUUUUUUAAGAACACAUCUUGUUUAUUACUAUUAUUACUGUUGCUGAGUAUUAGAAUUUACCAACAAUUAUAGCUUAGAUACUUAGAACAGGAAUUUUUUUUCUUGAUUUCAUAGCCUUUGGGACUAAUGAUACUUUUAACUAAUACUCAGGUGACCGAUAAGGACUGUGGUCCUCUUGGUAGUACACUGACAUUGGAAUCAGUCUUAAAAAAUUAUUUUUCAAUGAAAAUGUCUAUAUUGAGUCUCUUCAUUGAUUGGCAUGGUCAAAAUCAGCAACUUGCAUGUCACAUGUCCACAUAUGCUUCAUUUUGAUUGGAUAAAACUAAAAUGUCGAUAACUCCAUUAUAAAUAAAGAGAAUGAACUGAUAUUCUCAACAUUGGUUAAUAAUAUAAAUAUCUAUAGAUUGAUAUCCUAAACAAUGCUAAUGCACAUACACAUACAUUGUCUUUUGAAUGUGUCAUUCUUUGAAAAAUCAUAACCUUUUUGUUCUUCAUGAAAAUCAUUUAUAUUUGGUUGUAGAUGUAUGUUGGAACUCCUUACUGUCUGCUGUGGUCAAAUUUACUCACCGUCAUGUGCAUGCACUUGUGCUAAAUUCUGAUUUUAAAAUUAUUCACAUUUUUAGCUCGUCUGAGCUAAAAAGCUCAAAUGAGCUUUUCUGAUCACCUUUUGUCUGUCCUCUGUCUGUAAACUUUCACAUUUUCAUCUCCACUGGGCCAAUUUCAAUCAAACUUGGUACAAAUCAUCCUUGAAGGGGAUGCAAGUUUGUUGUAAUGAAGGGCCAUGUCCCGUUCAAAGGGGAGAUAAUCAUAAAACUGCAAAAAAUAAGGUUGGUCAUUUAAAAAGAACCUUCUCAAGAACCACUGGGCCAUAAAAGUUGUAAUUUAUAUGAAAGCUUCCUUACAUAGUGCAGAUUCAAGUUUGUUAAAUCAUGGCCCCUGGGGUUAGGAUGGUGUCACAAUAGGGGAUUAAAGUUUUACUUGCGAAUAUAUAGGAAAAAUCUUUAAAAAUCUUCUCAAGAACCAAGGAGUCAGAGAAGUUGAAAUUUACAUGAUAACUUCUGGACAUAGUGCAGAUUGAAAUCUGUUAAAACCAUGGCUCCCAGGGUUAGGAUGGGUCGACAAUAGGGGAUAUGCGUAUAUAUAGGGAAAAUACUUCUCAGAAACAACUGGGCCAGAAAAGUCAAAAUUUGCAUGAAAGAUCCAAGUUUGUGCAAACCAUGGUCAUCAGAGGUAGGGUGAAGCCACAAUAGAGUAUCAAAGUUUUACAACCAGAUAUAUUGGAAAAAUUUAGAUUCAAGUUUGUUCAAAUCAUGGUGCCCCAGGGUGGGAUAUGGCUACAAUAGGGGAUCAAAGUUUUGUAUGCUGAUAUUUAUAUUGGAAAAAUCUGAACAAUAUCUCUUGAACUAUUUAAGCUAGGGCUUACAUUAUACAUUCUUUACGGCAAAACUUUUCAGAUGAUCCAAUGGUGUGUGACCUGGAAGUUUGACUUACUGUUAAUAAAAAUCUGACCUAUUCAAUAUUUUCUGAACUAUUUAAGGUAAAUCGUUGUAUAUAAAUUUCUCACGGCAAGACCUUCAUUUCAUAUCAUGUCCUUUGACCUUGUCACCUAGAACUCGGGUGUUUGACCUACUUUUAAGAAAACAUAACUAUUAAGUAUAUCCAGAACUAUUAUAGGUAGGGCUUUCAUAUUUUUAAUGUAGGUUCUUUAUGGCAAGACCUUGUGACAAAAUGGUGUUUGAUCUUUUGACCUUGGAGUUUGACCUACUUUUUAAAAAAAAAAUGUCCUAUCUAAUAUCUCAUGAACUAUUUAAGGUAGGUUCCUUGAUUAUUGUUUAGUGUCCCACUCCAGAAUUUUUCACUCAUAUGGAGAAGUCACCAUUGCCAGUGAAGGGCUGCAAAAUGCUUGGUGCUUACAGCAAUAGAUGAGGGAGGAACCUUUAUUGUGCCACACCUGCUCAGUUUUUGCAAUCUCAUCCAAAGAACUGCCCCAUUUACUCGCCUCUUAUGAUAAGCAAGGGGCACUGAGGACGUAUUCUAACCUGGAUCGCCACGGGAUAUUAAAGGUAGUGCUUUCAUAUUUUGUAUAUAGAUUCUUUAUGGCAAGACCUUUUUAAACUUUGGUGUUUGACUUUGUGGCCUUGAUCUGGAAGUUUGACCUAAUUUUGGUAGAAAUCUUACCUAUUCAAUAUCUCCUGAACUAUUUAAGAACUUUCUUGUUAUGCAUAUGGAUCUCCUAUGACAAGAUCUUUCAUAGCAUACCUUGUGACCUUAGUCUUAACCAGAACAGCAAGAUCAUAUAAGUCAUGUUGAGGUUGAGGCAUCUCUGUGCUAUGUGAAUUCAUUUCAGUUAUGUUUUGAUCCUUUGGGGCCAGGUAGGGGCCACAAUAUGGAGUCAACAUUUUUCAUGGGAAUAAAGAUUGAUGAAAAAUCUUUUAAAAUUAACAACAGCUGAUCAAAUGCAGGGCAAAAGUUCGGGUGAGCAAUGUGGCCCAUGGGCCUCUUGUUUGAUUUUGAUAAUAAGUAAACCUUCUAUAAAUUUCGUGUUUUUCAAUUAAUUGGUUUGACAGAUUGGCAAGGUGAACGUUACUGACCACUAAGUGCAUGCAUGCUGUGUUGAUUUUGAUUGGAUAAUACAUUAACCUGUACAGCUUUCCAAUAAAUGAAGGAAAUAAGAUGAAAUUUAUACUGCAUAUAAUGUAAGUGUCUAUUGAAUGAUUCGAUAUAUUUUACUAGAACAAAUUGCACCACUUUUUAAGGGGGUGUUGGGGGUGUGUGUUGUGUUUGGGGAACAUCCCUAAUGGUCCCCAUUACAAUUAGAGCUAUAGUUCUAUAUUCAAAUGAACGAGAUGCAAUUAUUUUAAUUUCUAUUUAUUCAUUUUCAUCUUAUUGAUAAUAAUUAUAAAUUUUGAGAUUUACUAAAAUGGUGUUGCAAAAUAUUUUGUUACUUGUGUAAAUUUUAUGUACAUGUGUGUCAUUCAUGUUCAGUGCAAAGAGGGCCAGCAAAUUAUUACAUGUACAUGUAUUUGUUUUUAAUAUACAUCGCUUUAUGCAAGUUAAUAUGUUUUAUCAAUGUUUCAAUGAUAAAUUACAUGUAUUGUCAACAUUGAAAAAUAGGAACAACAGAGUGGUGUCUAAUUUACCAAAAAUAUGAUAUUUUUGUUGUUGUUGAUAUUUUAAUCUCGUUAAAAACACAUUUUGCAUUCUCUGGUCUAUGUACCUUUAUUCUCCUAGAGGGUAAACAGAGACCAAAACUCUGAUGUGCAAGAAUAAAAAAACAAACUAUUGAUGCUUCUAACAAACUGCAUGUAACUGUGAUAGACUUAAAAUAAUCACAAGUUAUAAUCCAAAUGCCAUAUCAUUUUAUUCCACUCAAUAGUGAUCUCAUAUAUCUGAUUAAAUCAGAAUGUAAAUAUAGUUUAUUUAUUUAAAAAAGAAACUUCUAGAUGCAUUGUAUAUCAAUGUGAUAGAUAGGUAGAGAGUGAAUUUCAGAAAUAUUGAGCAGACUAAUUUUACCUAGUACAACACACUUGAACACACUCAUAUUAAAAAAAUAGUUCAUGAAUAUUCAUUAUAUUAUGAGAUAAUCAAAGGGAUGGGGGAUUGUAUUUUUUGAUAUAUAUUUGAAGGUGAGUUAGUCUAUAUAGUGCUUGUUGACUAUGUGCUCUCUUAAGUUAUUCUCAGGAAGACACCAUACUCGAGUUUCAUUGUAAUCACAUUCAUUAACAUUUACACCAUGUACAACAAUGCCUAUACUUUACUGUUAUGCUGGUUUGUUGGGUUUUUUUUUCAAAGAAAGAAAAUGAAUAUAAAAUUAUGUUCUUUUAUAGACAAUGAUAUUUUCUUUUGCUCAAUAGUAAAACAAUGCUGUGAUAUUAAUAAUUAUGUUGUAUUGAACUGUCAGUCAUUUUCAAAAAAGUUAUUUGGAAAAUAUUUUGAAUACAAUAUUAUUACAUAAAUCCUCUUUGGAUGGAUAAACUGACAUGCAGACUGAAAGUUGUUUUCAGGAGAUGUUUAAACUCUGUAAUUCUUUGACUUGAACGAAAUACUGAAUAUUGUUUAAUAUUGUUUGUCUUUUCCCAUUCCAUUGUUGUCACAAUGUAGUAAAACACUGUAAAGGCAGUAAUGACAAAAACGCUGGCAAUGGAAUACUGUUUAUAACAAAGUGAAUUUCAUUCCCUGUGAUUUACAAAUAUUGAUAUAGAAAAAAAAAAAUUGGAUACAUGUAUAACAAAUACACAGCAAAGUGUGCCAAGUGCAUUGCACAUUUUGCUGUGCUUAUAACAAGACAGAAUGAGUUGUCUUUGCUUUGGAUUAGUUUAAUGUAUUGUAAAUUGUCUCAUUCUGAUGAUGCAAGUCACAUAACAAGACAUGGGAAUUCUUUUCCUUGAUGUUUUUUCCCUUGCUCUUAUUUGUAUAUUUUACUUGAACUUCACAGACUUACUUUUCACUCUGAUACUGUCUGUCCAGAUAGAAUGUACCAUCUUUUCUGUUUUUCAUUGUUUUAUUUCUUUGAAUAAAUUGUUGUCAAAAUGUUUGUAUAGAUAGUGUACAUUUACACUUUCAUUAUUUGCAUGAGCAAACUGAUAUAUAGUCUUGUUCACAUUUCUCAAAAAUAUUUCUUACACACUAUAAAGAUUUGGUUUGCAAUAUGAUAUCUAUUUAGGAAUGAAGAUUUUUUUUUUUUCAUUACUUAAAUGUUUGUAUAUUUAACAUUUUAGUACAAAUCUAAAAAUAAUUUUGCAAAGCCCACAUUUUUCACCAUUGGUAAAAUUUAUUCUAUAUUUUUUUAUAUUGACCACUGCGGCACUGAAUCUGGACAGGCAGUAGAUGUUCACCAUCUUUCCAACAUGCAAUGGUGAAGUGCAAUAUUUGUUUUACGAACGACAUUUUUUUGUGAGAGUGCACAUCUGCAACAACCAGUAACUACACGAUCACUUUCAAUGAUCUUUUAGUUUUUAGGGGUGUGGCUGUAACUUGUAGUAGAUACAAAAUGUAUGUGACUUUUGCAUUUUCUUUUAUCGAGAUAUUUUAUUCAGCCAUAUGAAUAUGCAUUUAUUACUCGUGAGAAAGUUCACAAACCAAUGUUAGUUCACAAGUUUAUAACCUCUACUUAUUCAUUCAUACAAGAUGUGAAAUGUUAAGAAAUGUUUUUGUUAAAGAUGAGUAAUACAGUUUUUCAAUGAGGGCAAUGCGUAUUAAAAUGUAUGUGAUUAUCUGUAUAGUAUUUUUGUGCUACUGUUAAUAUACAUUGAUUACACAUCAGACAUUAAAGUUGACCAAUUUAGA